CUCCUACUUCCGGGUGCAUGCAGGAUCCAUUUCGGGGUGGCCAUGAUUGUGAGGAUCAUGCAGGGAUUGGUCGAGGGCGUGACCUACCCGGCAUGCCAUGGGAUUUGGAGACACUGGGCCCCGCCCUUGGAGAGGUCGAGAUUGGCUACUAUCUCAUUCUGCGGUUCAUACGCUGGGGCGGUUCUCGGCAUGCCCCUAUCUGGAAUACUGACGGAUUAUUUGGGGUGGGAGGCUUGCUUCUACUUCUACGGCAUUUUGGGAAUUUUGUGGCUGUCAGUCUGGCUCUACUUCUCGUCAGAGUCCCCGGCGACACACAAGUCCAUAAGUAGGGACGAGCGAAGUUACAUCGAAUCAACUAUCAAUGAAAAUACUACGGCUAUCUCUAUUACGAAAAUGAAAAUCCCGUGGAAGAGUUUUUUGACGUCAUCACCAGUUUGGGCGAUAAUUGUGGCAAAUUUCUGCAGAAGCUGGUCCUUCUACCUCAUGAUCAUCACGCAACCGAAAUACUUCUUAGAUUCUUUUCAUUUUGAAAUUGCUAAGAGUGGGACCCUAUCUGCCCUACCCCAUCUGGUGAUGACGAUUGUGGUGCCGAUUGGAGGUUUCAUGGCAGACACCCUGAGAAAGAGAAAAAUUCUGUCAACCACUGCCGUCAGAAAAAUAUUUAAUUGUGGUGGAUUUGGACUGGAGGCUCUGUUUCUGCUGGGCGUCGGACUGACCAAAGAUACCGUGACUGCUAUCUCCUGCUUGACCGUGGCUGUUGGUUUUAGCGGAUUUGCUAUAUCCGGGUUUAACGUGAAUCAUUUGGACAUAGCACCGCGGUAUGCCAGCAUUUUGAUGGGAAUGUCUAAUGGUGUUGGAACGUUGGCCGGGAUGUUUUGUCCCAUCGUCACUGAAAUGAUAACCAAGGAUGGAACGGCAGACGAAUGGGACACAGUGUACAUCAUAGCCGGAGUCAUCCACAUCUUGGGG